CUGGGGAUGUGUCCGCAACCAAGGUACAUGCCCUUGACCGGAAUCGAACCUGGGACCUUUCAGUCCGCAGGCUGACGCUCUAUCCAUUGAGCCAAACCGGUUAGGGCUGGCAACAUCUUUGAACUGUAAAGUGUGUCCCACUUCACACCACUCUAACUGGUGUAUUUUGUAGGUCAGCUACUUUUCCAGGAAGCAGUAUGGCCAUUGGGAGGAAGACUCUCAGAUUUCAGCUUUGAGGAGGAGCUCAGACUGCCAGACUGGACUAGCUCUUCGGAAUUUCCUAAGAUGCCAGGCCCUGUGGCUUUCUUGGAAAGCUCUUCAAUACUCCCCAACUCCCCACCUUCUUUUACACCCCCUCCCCACAUCCCACCCUGCCUUGGCUCUGGGGCCACCCAAGUGUGCAGUCCAAAUCAUGCCUCACUGUGAGUGGAGAGGGGAGACCCAGAGGGAGAUAGUUAUCUUUUCUGCAGGUGAAAGGAACCACUUGGUCCCUGGUGAUUUUUGGGAAAAGGCUCACUCUUCUAUAGUCACUUCAGCCCAAGAAUAAUAAAGAUUGCUUAAAUAAAGGUUAGAACUUGAGGUGGGGGAGGGGUGCUUGGUUGCUAAGGGGCACAUGCAGAACAGGGCUGCUAAUUGUGACAUGGCUGCCAAUUGUUGGGCUCCUGCUCAACGCAUGGUAUUUGCAUCCCACUUGUCUGGGUCGCUCAUUGUGCUCCAUUCUUUUGGAUCGCGUGUUGUGCCCCAGUCUUCUGGGUCACCCUCCUUGCCCCAUUUGCCUUGGUGGCUCACUGUGCCCCGGACCUCUGCCUGUCAUGUCUGGGCUGCACAUGUGGGCCCCACGGUUCCUGUUCCUGUGGCAGCUGUUGUGGCUGCAGGUCCAGGCAGCUCCGAUUCCGGAGUUGGCCAUGGACUCUAGCCUGCUGACCUCCAUCCCCCUGGGUCCCACCAAGCCCUGGUCUUGGGAUCAGCAGACUGCAGCUCCUCCACUAAACCCUGGGGUGACAUUUCCACUUCUAGAGCCUAAUCAGGCUCAGCAGCCAACCUUCCCACCAUUGGAACUGGAAGUCCCUGUUAUUCCAGAACCUACUUGGGAGGCUGGUGCUAAAGCCCUGCAGCAGACUGUAGCUCCUCCAAAGCACCCUGCGAUGACACUUCCACAUCCAGAGACUGUUCAGGCUCAUCAGCCAACCUUUCCACCUUUGGACCUGGAGCUCACCAUCACUCCAGAGUCUACAGUGGAGACUGGUGCUACAGCCCUGCAACAGACUACAGUUCCUGCAAAGCACCCUGAGGUGACACUUCCACCGCCAGAGACUGUUCAGGCUCCUCAGGUAACCUUUCCACCUGUGGACCUGGAGCUCACUAUCACUCCAGAGUCUACGGUGGAGACUGGUGCUACAGCCCUGCAGCCUACCACAGUUCCUGCUAAGCACCCUGAGGUGACACUUCAACAUCCAGAACUUGUUCAGGUUCAGCAGGCAGCUUUUUCUGAAGUCACAGCCACAGUUCUAUCGUUUGACCUGGAAGUUACCAUAACUCAGCCACCAGCGUCAUCAGAGACAGUUCCUCUAAUGACUGAACAGAGUGCCACCGUGAACAUAUGUGAGCUCUGUUCCUGCAGUAAUGGGACACUGUCAUGUAUUGGUUUUGGCUCCAAGCGGAGGCUCAACAGAGUGCCAGUACCAGAGCCCAGCACCUAUAAUGGCACCUUCACCAUCUUGUAAGAAUUGCCUUUCCUCAUUUGCUCUCUGCAUCCUGGCUGACAUGGCAGCCUUUUCGUUGAGGUCUUCCUGGGCCUUCCUCAUCUCCCCCAGCCGUGUUGAAUGACUUGGUUUUUAUCUUUGUUUAACAACUAUUCCUUAUCUUUAUUCUCCUUAAUACUAUUGUUCCCCCUUAAUGAGUCUUUUGCUUGUAAUUGCGCAUAUUAUUUUUCCAAAUUUUUAGCCCUAGCACUUCAUUCCUUAACCUCUACUGUCCUCCCACCUUUGCUCCAUUCUUUUUACAGCAACAUGGCCCUCUCCCAGACUCACUGGUGGUGAUACAACAAAGUGAUUAGGAGUAGAGAUUCUACAGCCAGAGUGACUGGGUUUGAACCCAGUAUGCCAUUUAUUAGU